AUGGCAGAGAGAAUCAAAGGUCUCUCGCUUCCCUAUCCUAUGAGGAAAACACCCUUCAUAUUUUCUGGAGACUUUCGAGCUGCUUUCUUUAUGAAUCCCCACCAGGCCCGUUUGUUUGCUUCAGGUGAACAUUUAAACGUCGAUUUGACAUUUACUGGGAAUAGCUACACGCCAUACUUGAUUAAUGUAUUGACGUUUGACCUCGACACAUUGCAGUGUGAGUAUACUUAUAGCUACAUCUUCGGGUGUACAAGGCGCUAACCGCGCUUUUGCAUUGAAAUGACAUUAAUUUGUUAUCUCUUAAUGCGUGUCAAAACUAUUAUUGCGUUACUUUUUUAGUAGAUUGGAAUAAAGUUGUUGUUGUUGCUGACAAGAAACGAUAGCUAACCAGAUACAUAUACGGCUGAUAUUCUCUUAGUUUGCAUACCAUUAUGACAAAAAAUAUAUUACCUUACACUCGAAAAAAAUAUACCCUGUAACAGUUAAAUCCACCACUUCACAUAGAUCAUAAUGCAUCUUGUUACCCUCCCCUCGCCCCAAAUUUUGCAAGACCAUUGUUUUCAAUUUCUCCUGGGUAUUACAGUCCUCCCAAAUAAAAAUUGAAGACAAUGGGUAUGCAAAAUUUGGGGGGGGGGGGGGGUAAACACGGUGCAUUCUGGCCUAUGUGAAAAAAGUGAAUUGUUAAGCGACAAAUGCAUAUAGGUAUAACUGUAAUGUUGGAAAUAUAAGCGUGAUUCAUUUCACGUUCUCUCUCUUCAUGCAGGGACUCCCGUAGCACGAUGUCUUUUAAACAAACAGAAUGGCGAACCCCAUGGGAAAGUUUUUAGUGAAAUUUUCUCCUCAGUCAACCAUCAAUAUGAAUAUUUUAACAAUGGAGAAAGGAUCGAAGCGAUUACGGUUGAUUUUUCUGACGCCGAAGUUAACGGACUCGAAGAGCCCCUCGGAAAGGAUAUGACGAGUAAAAUUCUUCGUGGGUGCAAGGUG